GCGGCACGCGGAGAAGUUCGGCUUCGGCGCAGUCGCCAUCCAGUGCAACGCCGAGAAUGCGGCGAAAGACGCGGCCGCGAAGGUCGCGACCGACAUGGACAUGACCUACAGAGCGACGCCGCAGGCGAGCAAGGACAGCAACGGAACCGCGGAGAGGUUCAACUCGUCCAUCGGGGGCAUGACCAGGACGCGAAGGGGUGCCAUCGGGAAGAAGCACGGGAUUGCGAUCGAGCUGCGGCCCGUCGGAUGCAAGACGUCCUUCGAGCGACGGCGCGAGACGCGCUGCGACGCGCGGGCACCCCCGAUCGGCGAGGCGGCCACGCGGGGGCAGCUUGGGCCCAUGGUCAGCAAGUUCGACGCUGCGCAGGGCCGCGGCAUCCACCUGGGCCGCUCGCUGGAGGACGACGCCCACAUCUGCGGCGCCAGGCGCGGGGCCGCGGCGGCCAGGUCCGCGCGGGGGCUGGAGAGCGAGCGCCGCGACAAGCAGUUGCCCCUGUCAACGAAGGGUGCCCCGAGCGACGCCAAGGCGCCGAACGCGGCGACGCCCGCGCCGGAUCAGCCUGCCCCGCGGCCCGCCAGGUUGCUGGGGCCAGCCACGGCCGCGGCCCAGGAGAGGCAGCCGCAGCCGCCCCGCGCGAAGGCGAGGUCCGAGCGACCGCAGGAGGGGCAGCCGGAGCCCGACGAGGCUGGGGGCGGCGACGACGAGGACUCGCAGGACGCCGAGAACAUCGAGAACGCGCCACUACCCUGGCAGCGAAGUGUCCGCGAGGCGAAGCGGGCGGCGGCGGAGGAGCUCGAGGGCUCCGCUGGCAAGCGGGCCAGCGAGGGCGCGCCUGCUGAGGCGGAGGCGCUCAAGGAGCGGAAGGUCGGCGCGGUGAAGAUCGGCAACGUGCCCGUCGCCGACGACAUGGGUUACCGCAGUGGCAUCGAGCUCCGCGCGCCCUGCGAGCUCGACCGCAACUUCGAGCUGUCGAGCGUUGCGCAUUACGACAGCGACGACCGCGAGCGCCUCGACCCCGAAGCCGUCCGCGAGGGGAUCAAGAGGGAAGGGGAGUUCAUGGAGCACUCGGGCGUCGGAGAUGUCGCGGGGCGCCCCCGCGACGAGAAGGCGCGGGGCACGCGGUGGCGCCGCCGCAAGAAGGACGAGGGCGUCCGCAGCAGGUUCUACACGAAGCUGUUCAGGGACGCCCAGGCAGGCGACCUCUUCGCCUGCACACCGCGCACGGAGGACGGGACGGAGAUCCACGUGAAGAUGCCGCCCAAAUACGGCAAGGGCCGUGACUUCGUGCAGAGGCCGAAGAGGUCCCACCACGGGCGCAGAGAGGCGGCGCCCCGAUUGCAGGGGCCCCUGGAGCGCGUCGCGACUGACCUCGGGUUCGAGGUCGGGAAGGCGGAGCCCACUAUCCACCAUUAUAAGCAGAAGGGCACCAGGGUCGUGUUCCACACUGACGAUCUUCCUGUCUCGAGCCCGACGCGAGGUGUGCUCGGCGAGUUCUUCGACAAGCUGGCCAAGCACCUGGCAAUCAAGGGUCGGCACGUCCUGGGCGAGACCAUCUAUCUCGACUCGUCGCUGCAGCGGUUCGGCGACGCGAUGGCAAAGCAGAGCAAGCCUGGGCACGCGCAGAGCAUCCGCGGGGGCGCCGGGUGCCGCGGGGAGAUCCAGCGCGCGGCCCCGCUGGGGCUCGACGCGACGCACCCGCCGAAGGAGCUCGGUCGGCGGCUGAGCGAGCCGCGCGUCGCGGACACGAAGAGCCUGAAGUACCUCCUCCGCUACCUCAGCGGGGCGAUCGACUUGGCGAUGGCCCCCCGCGCCAUGAGAGAUUGGAAGCGCCUUCGCUGGAGAACAGACUCCGAUUGGGCUGGGCGCCAUGGGGCCCGCAAGGCGGCCGCUUGCGGGAUCGUGAGAUGGCGUGGCGCAGCGAUCAGUGCAUACGUUCGCCCCGAGUCGACGCUGGCCCAGUCGCGCCCCGAGGCCGAGUGCCUGGCUGCCGUGGAGCUCGCCGCGGAGAUGCUGUGCGUCAAGGGGCUGGUCGGGCUCGCGGGGUUCGACGCGUCGCUGGAGAUCGAGUUCGACGCAUCGUCUGCCAUCGCGAUUGCGAAGUGGCUUAGGCUCAAGCAGCUGGCGGGUGGCCAGAUCAAAAUCUCGAAGUUCCAGGGCUCGGAGAACCUGCCCGACAUUGGCACGAAGUUCCUGGGUCGGAUCGCGCUCGAGACGUGCCGCGCCAUGCUGGGCCUGAGCGUGGUGGACGCGUUCGGGGCGGGGAUCGCAUCCGCCCCGGGCGAGUCAAGGAGCGCGACCUACCUGGCGACGCCCAUGACCUUGAUGAGCG